CAGAUCUCUGGAUGGCAGACUGUGAAACAAAAUGCUCUUUUAAGAGACACCAAAGAUGCUAACAAGAAAGAUUAAGCUUGGGGAUAUUAAUGCCCAUAUAACCUGUCGUCUGUGCAAUGGAUACCUUAUUGAUGCUACCACUGUAACAGAAUGCUUGCAUACUUUCUGUAGAAGCUGCCUUGUGAAGUAUUUGGAGGAAAAUAACACCUGUCCAACAUGUAGAAUUGUUAUACAUCAGAGUCAUCCUUUACAGUAUAUCGGCCAUGAUAGAACAAUGCAAGAUAUCGUUUACAAACUUGUGCCAGGCCUCCAAGAAGCGGAAAUGAAAAAGCAGAGGGAGUUCUAUCAUAAACUGGGCAUGGAAGUACCAGGAGACAUCAAAGGGGAGAUGUGUUCUGCAAAGCAGCAUCUGGAUUGUCAUCGAAAUGGUGAAACUAAAACAGAUGAAAGUUCAAACAAAGAAACAUCUGAAGAAAAACAGGAAGAAGAUAAUGACUAUCACCGAAGUGAUGAACAGGUAAGCAUCUGUUUGGAAUGCAAUAGCAGCAAAUUGCGUGGAUUGAAGCGAAAAUGGAUUCGCUGCUCAGCACAAGCAACAGUCUUGCAUCUAAAGAAGUUCAUUGCCAAAAAACUUAACCUUUCUUCUUUUAAUGAGCUGGACAUAUUAUGCAAUGAAGAGAUUCUUGGCAAGGACCACACACUCAAAUUUGUAGUUGUUACUAGAUGGAGAUUUAAGAAAGCACCUCUCCUGCUACAUUACCGACCCAAAAUGGACUUGCUGUGAGAGAACUUUAUUGUCCUUUUGGACAUAGUUUUUUGCAGAGACUAUCAUCUGGCACCUUCUUAGUGCAUCACUAGUCGUAUGACACAAACCAGCCGAAAAAUUUUGGAAGACUGUAGCGCUUUCGUAGCGGACCAACCUUCUGAAUAUUUCUUCUAGGGAUGUGUUACCCGGAUUGCUAGACAGAAAAUAUUUAUACUUUUUGUAAGAAAGAAAUAAGUCACGACUCAACAAGACACUACCAGCACUAAGUUUACAGUUAUGGAAAAUACUUCAUAGUUCUACAUAGCUCAGCUUAACUUGUUUU